AUGAAGAUCCCCUAUAACAGAGUCCACGUACAGGGGCAGAUUCUCUUCGCUGCCCGCGGAGGCGCAAUACACACCUUCAGUCUCACAGACGGCAGCCACAUCUCAUCAUGGAAGCACCCCGACGUCGACAAGGUCGCGCAGUCGAUCCAGGCCAUCAACGAGGCCAAAGCUGAAGCUGCUCUUGCGGCGGCUGAGGCCGAUACACCGGCAACUGAAAGCGAGGGCCCGCCAGCCAAGCGGCAAAAGUUGGAGGGCGACAGUGAGAACCCUUCAGUGAGCGCUCAGGCUGAAGCCGAAGCAUCAACUCCCGCGACGCCCCAGAGUGGUGACAAGCCCCAGGCUGGCCAUGUCGACGGCAGGGGAAAGAAGGGCAAGGGAAAGGGCAAAGAGGUUGUUGACAGUGGCAAAUCCCGCUUCGCACGUGUGCCUGACCGGCCGGUCGUCACUCAUCUGACGAGUACUCCGGACGGCAAGCAUCUGGUGGCCAUCACCGGGCACGACAAGGUCAUCUGGGUGUUUGAGCACGACGGAAACGGCCAACUGAAGCAGCUCAGCAAAAGGACAAUGCCGAAGCGACCAAGCGCAGUCGCAAUCGGCCCAGACAACCAAAUCAUCAGCGGCGACAAGUUCGGCGACGUCUACGCCAUCCCCCUCAUCAUCCCAGAAGACGGCUCAAAGUCCGCAGCAUCGCUCUCAUCUCUCCCCCUGCCCUCCAAGAAGGCCUUCAAGCCCACUGCCACCCCCCUCACCGUCCACUCCAAAGGCAACCGCCUCGCCCUCCUCAACCAGAUCAAGCAGGCCGAGCUCGCCGCCGAAGCCCAGGCCGCCAACUCUGCAGGUCCCGAUUUCGAGCUCAACCUGCUGCUGGGACACGUCUCCAUGCUGACCGCCCUCGUCCUCGGCGAGCAGCAGGGCCGCAGGUAUAUCCUCACAGCCGACAGAGAUGAGCAUAUCCGCGUAUCCCGCUACAUUCCCCACGCGCACAUCAUUGAGAACUUUUGCUUCGGCCACAAGGAGUUUGUCAGUGAGAUGGCCAUUCCCCCGUCCAAGCCAGACGUCCUCAUCUCCGGAGGAGGCGACGAGGACAUCUUCGUCUGGGACUGGGUCUCCGGAAAGCAACUCUACAAAUCAAGCAUCCUGUCUCUCGCCCGAGAAAUUGCUCCUGAGACCGCAACCGUUGCCGUCUCAGGCCUAUACACUCUGCUCUACCCCUCUGCAGACGGACCUCUCACAUACAUCCUAGCCAUCUGCGAAGACAUCAAAGCAAUCUUCUCCUGGAAACUCAACGACUCCAACGAGCUCCACUGCCCCGGCAUCAUCCAGCUCCCCGGCAAACCCCUCUCCCUCGCAAUCUCUCCCAGCACCAACGUCGACGACCACAGCAACGCCGCUCCCCCAACCGUCAUUGCCGCCAUCGAUCCCGACGCGGACACCAAGGCGCAGAGCCUCCAUGCGUUCCGCCUGACCAUGAACAACGGCAGGCUCGCCGUGGACGUCGAGUCCUCGUUCAAGGACAAGGAGGUGGAGGCCAAUGAGCCGGAGCUCACUGAAGAGGACGUCCGGGGGCUCUUGUACACUGUCGAAAGCCUACGCAAGGUGGUCACGGGUCCGGAUGAUGAGGCGGGCUCGGAAGCACCGCAUGGAAAUGCGGAGAGCGAUGUAGCGGCAGAUAAUACCGGUGAGGGCGAGGAGUAG